UCCACCCUAAUCCCCAUCGCCAUCCCCCUCGGCUUCGGCGCCCAACUCCGCGUCCUCCAACAAAUCCAAACCGACCAAACCACCCGCAUCUCCUCUCUAGAACGCGAAAACCUCUCCCUCAAAAGCCUCAUCUCCACCCUGACCUCGCGCAUCGAAGCCCUAGAAGCCCACAACGCAUCCCUCGCCGCCCGCCGCCGCGAACUCGUCGCGCAGCUUAGCAGCCUGCGCACGCUAAACCAAGAGGCGGAUAACGCGUUUCAGAUGCGUAGCGCGGAUAUUCAGCAGGAGGAUCUGGAGGGCAUGUUGGCGGUGCAUAGUGUGAUGGUAGCGACGGCGGUGAAUCAGCAUCAGAGGGCGCUGGCGCAGUUGAGGAUCGGUAUGCAGGGUGGGGCCGCGGUAUAUGGGCAGCAGGGUGGCGUGAGGUAUGCGUAUCCGCCCGCAUAUUCAGAUCUGGGAUAUUGCUUUCAGCAUAAUAUGCCGUAUUGCUGUCAGAUUUGUGGGAAG